AUGUCUGCGGGUUUCCCGAAUCAGAAUUGGGUAUUGAAGGGACACACAAGGAUACAAGCCCAAUCGAACAGGUUAAGAGAAACUCUUUUGGUCACCGGCAUAAGAAAAAAGUAUAAAAACAUCACUAGGGCCCGGCAAGCGUUGCAUUCAAUUUCCGCAAUACCUGGAGAAGGAGAGUUGGCCAUUACCUGCAGUGGACUGAGCGCCUUUCCGUUUGGGGAAACAGUUGUCGUGAUGGCAUCUAACCGUAGCCAACGCAGCAAUGCUGGUAACCGAAUGUCAAGGUUAAUCGAUGAAGAAGCAGAAGAGGACGAAUUUUAUGAAACUGCUUUCGGUGGAUUCCAAGAAGAAUCUGAUGAUGAAAAGUAUGAUACUGAGGAAUCAGAGGAAGAUGUUGCCGAUUCCGACAUUGAUGCUAGUGAACACUCAGAACAAGAAGAUGCUAGUAGUGACGAUUCCCAACCACGAAAAAAACGCAAAAAGAUUGUCAUUGCUGCUGUUGCGCGUGAUAAAAACAACACAACCAAGGUCGGCCAGAAACGUGAACGCAAAGUCAUCGCAUCAACUAGUACGGUAGAUACUGACGAAGGUACCAGUCGAUCUGUACGAAAGUCAAAGCGUUCAGCAACCAUGGUGCAAAGCCAAGAAUUUCUAAAACGCAUGAAAGAUCGUGAUGGCAAAGAAGUCAAACAAUCUAUUAAGAAAUCACAAGAUUCACGACCUUUAACUCAGAAGGAAUUACUGGAAGAAGCUAAAGAAACAGAAAAAGCUAAUCUUGCGUCUUUACGUGAAUAUCAAGAAUCUGAGAAAGAAAAAAGGGCUACCAAAGUUAUUCGAAGGAAACUACUUUAUCCCUUCGUUCGGUAUCAGUCCAUCACUAUGCCAGAUGUGGAUCUCCAACCGAAUGGUGAUCAGAAUGACAAUAAUAACACACUACAGUCUGACCAGUCAUUGAAUGAGUCAUCUAAAAAUCAUGUAGAAGUUACUGCAGAUAGUCAUGAUCAUAAUUACAACAAGAAAUCAAUCAAGAAAGAGGAAUACGUUAUUCCUGUAACAACCAAAAAGUACUCUCGUAAUUUUAUCACAUUUACCGAUACCAGCAAAUAUCCUUCAACUUAUUUCCCCGUUGCUACGUUAUCGACCGAAGCAAAACCACCUAUAUGCCCAGUAACGAACCUACCUGCUCGUUAUAUCGACCCUGCAACCUUAAUACCCUAUGCUACAUUGGAUGCUUUCAAAAUUAUCCGUGAAGCGGCUCAAUCAUGUGCUAAUACUAUCAAGGAGGAAACGAAAGAGAUACAACCUGUAAUUGCUAGCUUACAUACUGGCGCACAAUAG